UCAAUCAUCAUCUAUCGUUCCAUUGCAAAUCUUAUCAUUUUCUCACUUCCCACAAACAGUAGCUAGCUCGAUCGCCAUACUUCAAUGGCGGAUUUGGCAAGUCUGGAGAAGGCAAGAAAACAGUUAGAAGACUUAUAUCUCGGCGUCCCUGAUGAAUCCGUCAACCUCACCUUUCAACACUUAGUUCAGGCCACCACACAGCAACAGCCGCCGGCGACCUCCAGCUCUUCUAAUCAUUCCGAAGAGCCAAUCCUCGACUUAAACCCAGCCCGACCAGAACCCCCUAAUAAUCCUCCAGAUAAUCGCCACGUUAACGCAGCGCCGGCGGCCGACAAGCUCACCGGCCAUGGCCGCCAUUAUCAUGCUACUCCUGACCGCGGUUCCAGGAGGGCUGUCGGGUUAGUGGAAAGAAGUAUUAUUGUGGGCAAGAAGUAUGAGAAGGAGGAUAUGAGUUAUGUGAGCGGGGUGUCCAUGUCCGCCGGACGGCGGCGGCGCCCGGGGGUUCCGCACUCCAAUAUCUGUACCCUCUGCACAACCUAUAUCUACCUUUUCCGUCACCGCUGCCUGGUUUGUGGAAGAGUGUAUUGUAGACACUGCAUGCGGAUUGGCAUGGGAGACAUGGCCGAAGGCAGGAAAUGUGUCAAUUGUUUGGGCAGAAGAUUCAGUCCCAGGUACAUACAAACUGCGGGGCAAACAGGUUGUUGGAUGGGCUACUCCACCACAGUUAAACAACAAGAACUUAAGUGGGCCGAGAAAGGGCCUAGAGUGAAGUCAAUGAAUCGAUCUUGUCGGAGUAUCACCUCAAAAAGCCCAACAAUGGCCCAUUCACAUGUCAGCAAUUCUUCUUCAUUUGUCCAAAACACCCCUUACUCACCUUACACCCCCACUCACCAAUAUCCAUUGCCUUUCUAGCUAACCUAAGUACCCUUCUUUCUAGGCAAUUCCAACCAAAUUGAUCAGACAAUUAACUUAAUAAUUGGGAGAUUUUGAAUUCAACUACUCAUGUGACUUUGAUUUACGAAAA